AGGCGGCAAUAUUUCAUUCGAGUGUUUUUUUUUUUGUUCGUUGCUCUUAACUGUUCGGCAGUUGGGGCUUCCUGGUAAACAAAGCGCGGACGCUCCACCAACACACGGUCUGAGUCGACCUGCUUCAGCGACCGUCUUCAGACAUGCUCUCAGCGAGGAGACCCUUCACAGCAGACCACCUAAUAAAGCUACACGCGGCGCUCUGGGUCGUCCCGCUCGCCGCAGUGCUGUCUCAGAAGGCGGGCGUUUGCCGGGGCUGCUCCAGCUCGGAGGGUCUGCUCCUGUGCAGGUCCUGCGGUCAUGAGGUGGCUCUGGAGAAAGAUCUGAGUUUCGUCCCGAGUCGCCUGGCCCUCUCUCACCGGAACGACACCGUGAUCGGAGAGCGAAGGACCACCGUGCAGCUCUUCGAAAACCCUCAAGGCUUCCAGUUCGAGCUCAUCACGUUUAGAAAGGCAGACGUGUUGAAGCACUGGCCGGCGGACAAACACUUCACCUGGUUUCCAGGGUUUUCCUGGACGGUAGCCACCUGUCCGCGAUGCAAAACACACCUAGGCUGGGCCUUUCAGCCGAGCGACUGGCCUCGGACAGUGACAAGACAAGACUUCGAGAACUCGGACCAGACUUUCGUAGCCCUUAUUGUUCAGAGAUUACUGCAGGAGCAGUUUGCAUCCAGCCUCCUGAUGACACCAAACUCUUUCAGAAGCUGACCAAUCAAGCUUUCAUCCAUCUCAAACAGUGGUACUGUUCUUAACCAAAGGGCUUAAUGAAAAUAGAAGUGCUCAAGAAGUCAAAUUUGGCAGCAGGACAGAAAAGGAGCAGGUUAUAGGUCUGGACAACCCCACCCAAAACAGAAGUCCCCCCGCCCCUAACCACCACACGCUGCUUUUUCUCCCACCUUAGUUAUUACAGUUGGAAAAGUCUCAAACAUGGUGUUCACAUUAAGUUUUAUUUUAAACAAAGCAAACUCAACAGCUAAAUUUUCUCCUGUGAGAAGUAUAAGGUUAGUAGAACAUACACCACACAAAACUUAACCAAGGCAGUGGGGGGGGGGGCAAAAUUUA